CACUAAAAAGGCAGGGCAAAUGACAAAAAGGCGAGGAUAAUCUGCACAUAAAAGGAGCAACGAACACAGAGAGAGCAAGAGUGCUACUUGGUUGUUAUUCUAUUCCUAAAUGUUGUGUUUCCUUAAACCCUAAGCCCUGAUUUGAGAUUAUCUGAUACCUCCCACAUUUUAGCCCUGCUUCUUCUCUCGACGCCAAGUAUGUUGUGCCGAUUCGGCACAACAUCUGAAUCUCCGUGAGUUGGAGUUUCUCCUCACUGUAUUAGACAUCCAUUGUGUCGUUUCUGCUUGUGAGCUGAGGAAAGCUUCGUGUGAGGUAGUGGUCUUAAUAGCAGUGAUCACUACAUCAAUGUUUAUCAGCGCUUUGUGAAUUGAUCUUCUUACAAUGCCCCGUGAUUGGAGUUGUGCCAAGUCUUAGCAACCAAGUGGCUGUCGGAGAUUCUCGUUUGGACAUUGUAGGGUUUUGGGGGAAAGAGGUGGUUUAUUUUUUAUGUUUUGGGGAAGAGGUGGCUUUUUUUGAUUAGGCGGCGAUGAGUAUGGAGUUGUACAGCAAAUCUGUGCGGAUUCGCCUCUGUUUUGAGGAGCCGGGGAUGUUGAGAAAGGCCCAGGUGGAUCAAGGACUAGCCAAGUCCUGGUACCUGAUCAACGCAGAUGUAUUGAGCGUUGGACAACUCGCUGCGCGAAUAGAACAUGACUACCGUCUGCGAGUAACCUGUCCUCAUGGGAUAGUGCUCGAGAUGUGCGAUUUUGUUCUACCUCCUGCACAAUCGACUCGGAUUCUUCAGGAUUUUGAUCUUGUCAGUGUGAGGCGCAAACAGGAUGGGGUCUCAAGAGAACAGUCAAAGGAGCUGGCCACUAAUAGUGUAAGCAUAGAUGGUGAGGAAGUAGGGCUGCUUCUGGCGCCUGAUGAAUUUGAAAAGGAGGAAGGAGGUUACCAGAGUGAGCAUUCAGGGGAUGAAGAUUCGGAGUUCUCAUUUGGUUCUGGGAAAAAAGUGAAAGGGGACGCGAAUGGACUGAAGAAGUUAAGGGCGAAAGAGUCAAGCGGGAAGAAGCGGAAGCGACCUAUUCAAACGCAAGACAAUAUCUUUGUUUCACCCCCUAAGUCAGAAAAGAAAACAAAAAAAUUACAAUUGGAACCCUCGGAGCGUAAUAAGCAGAAGUCAUCGGGGAAGAAAAAACGGAAUAAACUCGGGCAUGGUGACCAAGGAAGCAGCGAGAUUUUGCCUCUUCAGCUGGACAUGCCUGAAGCCUUGCCCAGAUCAGAGCCCAUUGAUGAUGUUCCUGCAAAAGCUAAGAAAAAGAAAAAGAGAGAGUUGGCAGAGCAGACCGGCAUAGAUACAAAUACCAGAGACAGAAGUGAACCAAAAGAGAUUGCACUUGAAGCAAGGCCUAGUAAAGAAAGGAAAGUCAAGUCUAGGAAGGAAACUGAAGACCUGGAACGACCUCAUAUGAAGGCUGUGAGUGAAGAGGGAACCCAUCAUCGAAGUAGUAGAAGACAUGGGGAUGAGUUGGAUGCUGCAAUAGAAUCAAGACUACAGAAGUUGACACCAGAGGCAGGGCGUGAAGGGAAGAAAUCCAGGAAGCGUCAAGAUGCUAAUCUAGUUAACUAUGAUCAGGAGUCUCCGCCGAAGAAGAGUGAAGUUAAAGGGAAAGGUGGCAACGAUAGCCAUCCUGAACAGUCUGAUGCUUUAGAGAAGAGGCCCAGCAGGAGUGCACGAAGGAAAAAAGCUAAAAGGAGGUGGCUACGCGAACAGGCACAGUUGCAAAAUAAUGCAUCUUCAAAGAAGGAUGACAUCAAGGCAAUUCAGACACAGAAUACAAAGCCACCCGAUACCAGCGAUUCUGGAUAUUCAGAGGAGGAUUCAGAGGUAGAAGAGGCAUCAGCAGAAGAGGAAAUCCUGCCUAGAGUGGUUGCUCCGGGCCAUAUCCGUUUUGACCAUUAUGAAGAUGAAAGAGAUGAAGGACAUUGCACUGCGACUGUUGCGCUUUCAUAUCCUCAAGUUAAAUGCAAGCAACAAGGCCAAGCCUGGGGUCAAGAAAAAUCUCAGAGCAAAAAAUCUGAAGGUGGUCACUACAGAAAUGGUGAAAAGUUUGAGAAUAGAUCUUCGGAGGGAACGAUGGAACAAAUAGACCAGGCCAAUGUUGUUGCACAUGAGAUCAAUUUUGAAAAUCUUCCUGUUCUUAAUCGUGAUCCUAGGAUAGGUGAUGUUCUGGCUUAUCGAUUGGUGGAGCUGACAGCUUCUUGGACUCCUGAACUUUCUAGUUACAGGGUUGGGAAAGUUACCGUGUAUGAUGGUGCAAGUAAGAUGACAACUCUGAUAGCAGUACCAGAGUACCCUUUACAUGUACGUCAGUCUGAAGGUGUUGAAGAGAACGAACAACAGGACGAGGACUUGUUGCCACCUUACAACCCGGAUGGCUCUUUGGAGGUCCACCUUACUACACUCGUGGAUCUUAAAGUCCUGAAAGAAGGGCCAGUUAGUAGCUCAAGUGCUGUUCAACCCAAAUCUGCUGCACGGAAGCCUCUCGAUGUCGGUACAGCUGAUGUUGGCGUUUCAACAGAGCCGCUUCAACCUACAACCCUGUCAAAUAAGGUCCUUCAAAAGCAUGCAGAACCUGCUGCACACAUCAAUUUGAAUAAACAAUCUGUUGCACUCAGCUCACAGAGUAAUCAAGGGGAGUUCAGUGCUGCAGGUAAUGUAGUGGAGAUGAGACCUUUGCCCACAGAACCAGAAUCGGUGUUGAAUCAACCAACUAAUGCAGAGUGGCAAGACAUGCUCUCAGAAGCGAUCAACAGAAAAAGGAAAGAGCUUUCUUUGAAAGAAUUGGGAGGAUCGGAAGGUUUAGCACCUGCUGGUGAUGUGAAGAGCAAUUUGGGCAACCCCGUAGCACGUGGAGAAGGUGGCAAGAGACAAUCUCAGACGAAUGGGACUCCAAUCAUUCGACAUCGCCACAUGCGGACAGGCGCUUUAGGGCCUACUAUGGCCCUACUACGGGCUAAUCAGAUUUUGUAGGAUUCUAAGUUGGAGAUUUGAACAGCGGGAGCAAGUAUGAACAACUCAGUUGAAUCCAUUGUCUCUAGUUAGUGCAUUUCUCAUUCUGAUGAUAAUGGGAAUUUUGAUCAUUCGCUGAGCUCACAGCUUUCAACAAUACAUUGGACGAUGCGAUUGAGCAACUCCUAUGAUUCAGAGGAUCCUGUCGAUCUGACUAGGAGAAUUACCCUGUUUUUUCUUUUUCUUUUUCUUUAUUUUCUUUUCCUUCUUUAGACAUAGUUGUUUGGUCAAGUGUCUCGUUUCUCAUCUUCCGACUGGAUAUAGAUACGCUCGUUUCUCUGCAAAGGAUAGGCAGAGCUAUGUCAUCAGAAAUGCAGUAGAUGCAGCCACUUGAGCACUAACGAGCAUCAGCAUCUAUAAAUGAACGAUUGUAGCA